AUGCGUUUCUCCGCCGUCUUCACUGUCAUCUUCGCCGCAUUCGCGUCCGCGGCUCCCCUUCUGCACCAGAAGCGCGCGGCGCGCAGUUUCUCUCAGAUCAGCAUCGGUGGUGGCGUAGGUGGCAACGCACUCGCGGAGGCGAAGGCGAAGUUCCCCGGCACGGCAGCGACCCUUUCGGCCGCAACGACGUCGGAUUUCAACGCUGAUGCUCAUUGCUCGGUGCUUGCCGAGCAGGCCUAUCUUGACGCUGGCGCGAUCGCCUCGAGCAACAAGGCAACCAAUGGUGUAUCCGUCGCCCUCUUUAAGAACAAGGUUCUCAAGAUCUAUGGCACCCUUCUCGUAGUGCAAGCCGAGGUUGCGCAGAACGGUGGAAAGGCCUCGGCGUCACAGCAGGCUCAGAUCGACGAUCUUACGACGAAGCUUGCGGCCAACGUUGCUAUCGACAAGAAGAACGCUGGAAUUGCUAGCAAAGAUGUAUCGUUCACGUGCCCGUCGGCGUAA